AUGGAAGAGGCUCAAUCAACAAUGCCGAAUCCUGCGGGGCUUUCCUCCGGGGGCCUCUCGGAUACAUCGCAUGCUGCUGUAGGGCACUCGCACUUCAGCCCACGGACCAACAUGCCUAACCAGACACCGACGAGAACUAUUAACGAUCUGAGAGAUCCUCCUAGGGAUCUUGGUCGCAUGCGUCAACGCCUUUUUGAAGUCAAAGAGAAGAUUGAGCUCCAGGUCCACGAAUUUGAUCGCUACUGGCAGUAUGUGGACAAUGUAUGGGUUAGACAGCACAAAGCUGGGACCGACCGGACUGGAAGAUAUAUAACAGACUACUACGCUUGCAGACUGCAGCGGCCGACGUACACCCCUAAACCUGAUGUGGCACGAAGAGACGGCGCGCCAACGAGGAAGAAGCAGAUUCGUGAGGGCGGUACCUGCCAGAUGAGACUCAAGACAAUUAGAUAUGAAGGAGGGUACUCAGCGUACACAGUUAUCAGAAUAGGGGAUGAUACGGAGCAUACUCAUGAUUUGGAUCAUAUCGACAAGAUCAAAAGGACGAGCGUUUUGAUGGAAAUAUCUAGGUCGGAAGUUAUGAAAGGUUAUAUGCCGGCUUCUGUAUUCACCGUGAUGAAUGAAGAUUAUCAAAAAUUAUAUGAUGCUGGCGGGAAAUAUCUCAAUCGUAACGACGUGAGAAACGCUUCUCAGAAUUGGCGACAAGACCACCGAGAUGAAUUGAGGGUCCACGAAGGAUACAAGUAUGAUCACGGAAAUGGAAUCGUCAAACAGAUCGAGGGAAUGCAACAGCAAAGGCAUGCGAAUGGGGAAGAUCAAGUGCUGGAUCCAGCAUUGGCCAACAUACCAACUACCCCUUCCAACUGCCUUCGCUUUCCAAAUCAUUUGAAGGAGCUCAUUGAUCCAUACUUGCCUCAGACAGACGUACAGCCUUCGGAGCUUGCAUGUCCACAUGUCACUCUUACCUAUGCAACCUCGCUCGAUUCUUCUCUGACCCUUGCGCCUGGCAUGCAGACACACCUUUCAGGAUUGGAAUCGAAGGCCAUGACGCACUAUCUUCGAUCAAAGCACGAUGCCAUCAUUAUUGGCGUUGGAACAGCUGUCUCGGACGACCCAGCCUUGAACUGCCGGCUUGAGGGCGCUGGUGGGUACGGUGGAGUGGGCUGGGAAGGGCAGCCACGACCGAUCAUCAUCGAUCCUGGUGCACGAUGGAUCCUCACGCCACAGUCCAAAGUGAUACAGACAGUCAUCCAAGGAAAAGGCAUCGCACCGUGGAUUGUCAUCGCGCCAGGUUUUGCAAUGGACCCGGCACGUCUAGAGAUGCUAAAGUACUACGGGGGCAAAUACUUUGGGUUGACUCAAUUUGACAACCGCUAUCGUCUCAAAUGGGAAGCCAUCCUGAAAGCUUUGGCUUCCGAAGGAAUCAAAAGCGUGAUGAUCGAAGGCGGUGGGAUGGUGAUUAAUGAUCUCUUUCAGCCGGAGAACUCCCCUUCGUCAAUUCGCGAGCACAACCACGGCCCCGGCGCUGUCACUACUCAGCCAGAAAGGCAGUCUUUCUUCUCUGGCGAGAACAUGACCACGCUUGACGGCUCCGGCGGUACACUCCGUUAUGGAGAGAAACCAAUGUAUACCACCUCGAAUGGUUGUCCCAUCAACGAUCCAGAAUCUUCCCAGCGCGUUGGCCAGAAUGGACCUCUACUCCUUCAAGACUUUCACUUGAUUGACCUGCUAGCUCACUUCGAUCGUGAAAGAAUCCCAGAAAGAGUCGUGCACGCGAAAGGCGCUGGCGCAUAUGGCGAGUUUGAACUUCUAGAUGAUAUCAGCGACUUGACCUCGCUAGACAUGCUGAAUGAUGUCGGUAAGAAAACCAAAUGCGUGGCGCGCUUCUCCACCGUCGGAGGAGAGAAGGGAUCUCCGGACUCAGCGCGAGAUCCACGCGGUUUCUCGGUCAAAUUUUAUACAGAAGAGGGAAAUUGGGACUGGGUUUUCAAUAAUACACCGGUUUUCUUCCUCCGCGAUCCGACAAAAUUUCCCAUAUUUAUUCACACUCAAAAAAGGAAUCCUCAGACGAACUUGAAGGAUGCUACGAUGUUUUGGGACUACCUGUCUACGCAUCAAGAGUCGGCGCAUCAGGUUAUGCAUCUCUUUUCAGACCGUGGCACGCCGUAUUCAUAUCGUCAUAUGAAUGGGUACUCGGGCCACACUUACAAGCUCACGAAACCGGACGGUACUUUUCAUUACGUGCAGAUUCAUUGCAAAACAGAUCAAGGGAGCAAAACCUUCAACAACACAGAGGCCGCUAAGAUGGCGACAGACAACCCAGACUGGCAUACACAAGACCUCUUCAACUCGAUCGAAGACAAUGAAUACCCCUCAUGGACGUGCUAUCUUCAGGUACUGACUCCAGAACAAGCAGAGCAAUUCCACUGGAAUAUCUUUGACUUAACAAAAGUCUGGCCGCAAAAAGAGGUCCCGCUCCGGCGCUUUGGCCGCUUUACCCUCAACAGGAACGUCGAAAAUUACUUCGCGGAAAUGGAACAAGUCGCCUUUUCUCCCUCGCACAUGGUCCCCGGCGUCGAACCCUCCGCCGACCCUGUUCUCCAAUCACGCCUCUUCUCCUACCCAGACACCCAGCGCCAUCGCCUCGGCGUUAAUUACCAACAAAUCCCCGUAAAUCAGCCUCUUCGAGCCUUUAACCCGUAUCAGCGCGACGGCAUGAUGUCCGUCGAUGGCAACUAUGGCGCAAAUCCCAAUUAUCCAUCCACCUUCCGCAAUAUGACGUACAAACCCGUCAAACCGUCGCAAGAGCAUGAGAAAUGGGCUGGAGCAGCCGUCGCGCAGCAGCUUCCUGUCACGGAGGAGGACUAUAUACAGCCGGCAAUAUUAUGGGAGGUUCUCGGACGGCAAAAGGGGCAGCAGGAUAACUUCGUCGGGAAUGUGGCGGGACAUUUGAGUGGUGCGAAAGAACCCGUCAGGAGGAAAACAUACGAGAUGUUUCGAAGGAUUGAGGAAGCGUUGGGAAAGCGGAUAGAAAGGGAAACGGAGAGGUUGGCGCCGAACCCACAAAGUCAGCCCGCUGGGAGCGCCGAAAGCAGAUUUAGGGAGCAGGUGAAUGCUGCCGUGGCGGCACAUUAA